CAACAGACGGCUUAGCUGUCAAAUAAAGCUUAAUAAUAACUACAAAGUACAAUAAUUAUAUAAUAUAAUGUUAUAUAAUAUUAAUGUUUAUGAUUCUAACAGUAUAAAACAGUGUAUAUAGCGCAGUUAGAGUGAGUGUAUAUAGUAUUAUUUAGGUAUAAUAGUAAUGGAGAGGUGGGUGAGGUACAGUUCACAGACUCAGGCUAAAGAGAGACUGUUCAGGGCUGCUCAGUACGCCUGCACCCUGCUUGGAUACACGCUGCAGAAAGGAGGCGCUGGAGCCGAGACCCUGAACGCUGUUAAACAGCUGGAGGCUCACCUGAGUCUGGCCAGAAAGCUGAUCCGCCUGGGGAACUCCGCCGAGGCCCUGGAGUCAGCGAAGCGAGCUAUCCACCUGUCCGACUGCGUGCUGAGACUCUGCGUCACCGUGGCCCACCUGAACAGAGCCAUGUACUUCGCCUGCGAUAACGUCCUGUGGGCGGGAAAAACGGGCCUGCUGCCCAAACUGGACCAGAACAAGUGGAGCCUGAGAUCGUUCAGAUAUUACCUGUUCGCGCUGAUCCUCAGCCUGACGCGGGAUCUGUACGAGAUCCGGGUUCUGAUGGAGAGGGAGCAGCGCAGCGCUUCGGCUAAAUCUCACCACGCCGCCAGUCCGGAGAACGGCGAGUUUCCCGCCGCCCCGCCGUCCUCCGUGGUUCCCGCCGUCUCGGCCGGCGUGCAGCAGCGGUUGGGUCUGCUGGCGGCGGUUCUCCGGGGGAACCCCCCGCUGCUGCUGGACACGCUGAAGAACCUGUGUGACCUGUUCAUUCCGCUGGACAGACUGGGCCUGUACUCCACCGGGCCGGGCUUCGUGGGCGCCUGUGGGCUGGCGUCGUCCGUCCUGUCCAUCCUCACCGUCCUCUACCCCUGGCUCAAGCUCAAACCCUGAGCGCCGAGGCUGAACCCAACCCGAGAGGACGGAGUCGGGAGGAUUUACUACACUGACCUGCAUAAUAAUAAACUGAUGAUCUUACAGAUGCCUGAGAAGCUGUGAAACCGUGUGUGUGUGUAAAAGUGUGUGUGCGUGUGAGUGUAAAAGUGUGUGUAAAAAAGAGUGUGUGUGUGUGUGUGUGUGUGUGUUUGUGAGUGUGUGUGUGUGUGUGAAAGAGUGUGUGAGAGAGAUAGUGUGUGUGUGAGUGUGUGUGUGUGUGUGAGUGUGUAAAAGUGUGUGUGUGUGUGUGUGUGUGAAAGAGUGUGUGAGAGAGAUUGUGUGUGUGUGUGUGUGUGUAAAAGUGUGUGUGUGUUUGUGAGUGUGCAUGUGUGUGUGUGAAAGAGUGUGUGAGAGAGAUUGUGUGUGUGUGUGUGUGUGUAAAAGUGUGUGUGUGUUUGUGAGUGUGCAUGUGUGUGUGUGAAAGAGUGUGUGAGAGAGAUAGUGUGUGUGUGUAAAAGUGUGUGUUUGUGAGUGUGUAUGCAUGUGCGUAUGUGCGAGUGUGUAAAAGUGUGUGUGUGUGCAUGUGUAUGCAUGUGUGUAUGUGUGUGUGUGAUAGUGUGUGUGUGAGUAAAUGUGUGUACUACUAUUUCUCCGCCACGCUGGCCAGCGAGAGCCCCAGACUAGCACCUGCGCCUUCAGACAUGUGAAGUUGCUUGUCGCUUCUUUACACCAGUAAGCGGUGGAUUCUCUCAGAGAGAGUCAUGCUGUACUCUGUGUGUUCCUCCACCAUGCCUGUUAGCGCGUCGGCCAGACAGCAGGGGUCGCUGUUGUGCUAUAGUGCUUCAGGAAAUCAGAUUUUGAAUUCAGAGUUUAGACUAAGCUGAAACGAACGCUGAGAUUAGACGAGGCGUCACUGAUGUAACGUUUACUGACUUUAUUGCUGCAUUAUUGUUGUAACCGUUACUAACAGCACUCAGAUCGUUUCUGGUCCUUUUGCAACGUAGUAAACUUAAAAAUUCACAUUUAAUUAUAAAUAAAUACUGUAUUAUAACUCAGAA